AUGACUUUUGCCAUGGCCUUGGAAAUGCUUCACAAUCUGGACAGUGAUGACUCUGAUGCAGGGGCGCUGUCUGAGGUGGAAAGUGACAGCGACCUUUCCUGGGUGCAAGACAACAGUUCAUCCUCAUCAGAGAGUGAGUCAGAGUCCGUAAAAAGGAAAAAGAGGCGGUUACCUUCCUCGGAGAUUAGGGAACCAGAUGUUCCAUUCACAGCUGACGUUCCAGGCCUUCCCGAACCAGUACCUGCACUUGAGCCAGCUGGAGUGCUCAGCCCGCCCUUAGAGUCAUCUCGGCCGGAGGUGGCUGUGGAAAAGGGAAAGGAUGGGAUGGUGUGGACCAUCCUUCAGUCAACUGAACGUCCAGGGAGAAGGCAGAGCCAAAAUGUUCUGACUGAAGCUGCCGGUCCCACCGCGCACGCGAAGCGCAACAUCGAAGAUGCGCUCACUGCCUUUCUGUGUUUGUUUGACGAUGGCAUGUUGAAACACAUCAGGGACUGCACUGUGGCUGAGGCACAUCAGCACCGUGGUGACAGCUCAUGGGACCUGACAGUGGCUGAACUGAAAGCCUUCAUAGCUCUGUUAUAUAUCCGUGGAGCACAGGAUUUCUGCGGUUCGAUAAAAAAAGAAACCCGACGUGUGCGUCUGCAGGAUGACAGGUUUGCCCUGGUAUCGGCCACUUGGAACAAGUUUAUUCAGAACAGCAUAGCCUGUUACAAGCCCGGUGCCGACAUAACCAUAGAUGAGCAGCUGUUCCCCACCAAGGCCCGGUGCAGAUUUCUUCAGUACAUGGGGAAUAAGCCUGAUAAAUUUGGCAUCAAAUUUUGGCUGGCUGCUGAUGUCCGUUCGAAAUACAUGCUGAACGGGGCUCCGUUUCUGGGUAAAGAAGAGGCACGGAGCAGAGGUCAGCUCGUGGGAGAGAGUGUGGUGCUGAAACUGGCGGAGCCAUUCUUGGGUAAGGGAAGAAAUAUUACAACGGAUAAUUUCUUCACUUCACUGAAACUGGCCACCGCCUUACAGGCCAAGAAGACCAGCCUGGUUGGCACUAUGGGAAAAAGUAAGCGCGAGUUGCCCCCCUCCGCAAAAGAGCAAGCGGAGUUGUAUAACACAAAAGUGCUAAAAUGUGCGGAUGCGACGCUCACGAUAUACCAGGGAAAGCCGAGGAAGAAUGUGUGCAUUUUGAGCUCCGUGCACACAAGCGUGGGCAUCACCGAUGGGCCGAAAGCAAAGCCGGAGUCUGUGACCUAUUACAACAACACCAAGUAUGGGGUGGAUGUCCUAGAUCAGAUGGCACGGGCAUACUCUGUGAAAGGCGGUACGCGUAGAUGGCCAGUGGCUGUAUUUUACAACAUCCUCGACCUUGCUGGAAUCAAUGCCCACAUCCUCUUCAAGGAGUGCACCAGCAGCAAAAUUGCCCGGAGGAAGUUCCUGCUGCGACUGGCAGAGGAGCUGAGAGCGGAGUUCAUGGAGGGAAAAAGGGCAGCAUCGCAGUCGACACAAGGUCCCAACCAAAAAAAUCAACCCCCGCAACUGACACCAAAACGGAGACAGUGCCAGGUGCGGAGAAUCUGCAAACAAAAUAAAACGCACGACACCUGCUGCAAAUGCCACAAACCCGUGUGUGGAAAUUGUGCGAGAAGAACAGAAGUAACUUGUGUUGACUGUGAAUCUUAAAUAGCCGAGCACGAUAUAGAUUUAUUUAAUAUAGAAUUUGUAGCAUAAUUGUUUUAUGGUUCCAAACUUCGUUCGUGACUCUUUUUAACUUUAGAGCUGCUUGUUUCCAGCUUAUGUUCUGUGUUAUAAUGUAUCAUAAAUGUUGUAACAUUUUUUUUUUCAUAAUCAAAUAGAUCAUUUUAAAUGUUAUUUUGUUGUUCUGAGUUAUGUAAAAUAAAUACAGAGAAAUACUGAAUAUGCAAUAAUUACAUUUUCCUAUGAAAUGAUGCGAAUAUUUCUAAAUUUAUAAUUAUCAUUUUUAACUAAAUAAAAAAUGUAAAUGUUGGUGUUAUUUGUUUUUUAAAAGAUAUCCUAACACAGUUAAUACAUUAAUCUCUCAUUUGGGCAAUUUAUUUAGAGAUUAUAGCGUUUAUAAUAUAGCGGUCAAAAUGACCGCUCACGGCUGUUCUAGUAGUUUUGGAAUUCUGGCGCUUCUAGUGUUAA